AUGCAAAUAGAAUUCUUAAGUUCACAUCAGUUAGAAAUCUCGUACUGCCUUGAUAUCCUCAUAAUUCAUCAAAUUACUUCGACUUCAGCUGAAGGUACCAAAAAUGGAGGAAGCCUUAAUGACACUGUGCAUAUUAUUAAUGCUGCGGGUGGGAAAGCAAUCCCUGUUGCUGUAGACCAUUCUGAUGAUACACAAGUCGCACUCUUAUUUUCACGUAUUCACAAAGAACAGUGUGGUCGAUUGGAUAUAUUUGUAAAUUGUGCUUUCAGUGCAACCGACUACUUACUACUAGUCAACAAGUCACCAUAUUGGGAGGCUAAGAAUCGUCCAGGUGAAGAAUGGGAUUUAGUCAAUCGAGUUGGUCUACGUAAUGCAUAUAUUUGCAGUGUAUUGGCUACACGUAUGAUGAUCAAGUGUAGAGAAGAACCAUUGAAUUGUAAUAAAGAAGUUUUAACUGCAUGCAAUCAUUCCGACAGUGCAACACCACUUACAGCUAAACAAAUGCCUACGGGAUUAAUUGUAAAUAUCUCCAGUUUCGGUGGAACUCUGCGGAUAUAUAAUGUUGCAUUUUGUGCUGGCAAAUCAGCUUUGGAUCGAAUUACCCAAGAAAUGGCACGUGAUCUGAAACGUCACAAUGCAAAUGUAAGCAUAGUCAGUAUUAUUCCUGGACUCGUACAAACAGAGUCUGUUGUAUCCGCCUAUGAAAGUGGGAACCCAUCGAAACUAUUUGGAUAUAAUGUCAGCUUAAGGAUGGCUAUACCUGCUCCUGUUCUUGGUGAUGUUAUUGCAUGCUUAACUCGACAGUCGAACAAGAAAAAAUUACUCCAGCUCUCCGGUCAUUGUUUAUUCGCUCCUGAUUUGACCCGUGAAUUCGGUAUCAAAUCAGUGGAUGGUCAUGAUUUUACAAAUUUACGUUCUGUCAAGACAUUAUUACAAUUGAUGGGUUGGAAGAAGUUGGCCAUCUUGUUUCCAGGGUUUAUUAAAAUCCCUUAUUGGUUAAUAGCUGUUUUCACAUCUAAAUUUUGA